AUGGAUUCAACUCCCCUCGCCAGCCUCCCUCACGACUGCUGGCUAGAGAUACUAGAGCGUCUACCACUACAGGAUUUGAAUAACCUGUCACAAGUUUCUCGCAACAUCCGCGUUUCAGCUGAGCCUUUCUUGUAUCGAUCAAUCCACUGGGAUUGGAAGAAUCCUCCGAUCCACAGAAUCCUGCUCCUUCUCCGGAUCAUCUCCAUGCGACCAAAGUUGGCUUCCUACAUCCGCCAUGUCAGUUUGGUGUGGUGGGAUGUGGAAUCAGACGAGGGGACAGAGAUUUGCAUCCCCAAAGGAGAAGUUGACUGGGGCAAGAUGAUGCUACAGUUUAGGCCCACUUUGAGAUGGGCCCGGAAGGUUGUUCGAGACGCGAAAUUCGAGGCAAAAUUCGAUACGAAAUGGAUCACACGGCUGUUUGAUGGAGAUGCCUACGUCUAUGCCACAGUGCUGAUCUCACAACUUCACAACCUUUGCAGCCUUCGUCUGGACUACUCAUUCGUGCUUGAAGGGGGAUUUCCCGGGGAGAUGUUACAUCAUUCUCUCUUUGGCAACGCACCCCCUGGCAUAUUAAGUCGUUUCUCAAAAUUAGAAAUGGCCGACUAUGGAAGCAAUCUUCCUCUCAAAAGGCCCCGGGACGGUGAGCCGAUCAAAAUUGGCAGAGCCCGUCAAUUUGUCCCCUGUUUCCACCUUCCUUCCUUGAAGGUUCUCGAGUUUUGGCUCUAUGGUGUGGAGGGAAUUUGUGUCUUCCCUGGGCACAUGCCGAAAAUGUCUUUGAAUUUGUCAAACCUGCGCAGUCUUGUUAUUGCCAAGACACGUGUUUUGCCUGAAGGCAUCGCCGCACUGGUGUCUCAAGUGCCAUAUCUAGAGUCCUUGCAUGUGGGCAUGACCUACAGAUGCCGGGCAACAGCCGAGUUUCUCAGGGACCCUCAAGCCCUCCUUCGUUCCUUGGAAACUUCGGGUCAAGCAAUCGAACACCUCUCUAUCAGUUUGGAGCUUCCCUCAUGCUGUGUAGAAACCUUCCGUCUACGUAUGGCGGACGAAGCUGGCGAGCCAUUUCGUGGCAUCCUGAAGAGGUUCCCCAAGCUGAAAACGGCAUCUUUACCACUCAAAUUUCUCAUCGGUUGGGGUACAACGCCCUACGAGCUUCAAGAUGUACUGCCAUUCACCCUCCAAGCCCUUCACAUAAGGCCUGAUCUCUUUGCAACCCCACACCCACACCCGAUUUUCUUCGAACUGGAAACCCUCCAAGUAUUAGAGGCAUUCAUGGUACACAAACAACGUGGCUCCCAUCCUUCUCUUAGAACUUUCUCCUACCAAGGAAAGAGUGAGUAUGAUGAGCAGGAACUCGAUGCCAUGGGCUUCCCCGGGGAGUUGGGGUACGCCCACUUGAUUAAGCGGGAAAAAAUGAAAUUAUUAUGUCUCAGGAAAAGGUACAAUCUUCUUUGCCGAUAUGGCGACUGCACACCUGGGUUCAUGUUAAGGAGUGUGACCUCAGUAAACAACGUCGUUUACAAAUUCCCUUGGCCAUUCGUUGGGAUCGAUGAGCUCCCCGCAAGCAUGCCUCGAUAUUCAAGAACAAUGCCACCCACACUAUCUAGGUCGCCAACUGGUGUGUAUUUUGAUGUGAACUCCUAUGCGAAUUGA